AUGACGCUCGACCGAUUCCAUUCCAAAGACGUCCAAAUCAACGAGGACCUCGACUUCUCCUCCUUGGUCUCCAAUCCUGCGUUGCUCAAGGGUCUAGCGAAUGCGGGAUACCAACGACCAUCACCUAUCCAGCUCAAGACAAUACCCCUAGGCAGACUGGGGCUCGACUUGAUUGCACAAGCAAAGUCAGGUACAGGAAAAACCAUCGUCUUUAGCGUUAUCGCCAUCGAAGCCGUCCUUUCGACUAUCUCCAACAACUCAAGGAUAGGAGCAGGGGAUCUACAGCAUCCAAAGGCGAUCAUCGUUGCGCCCACACGGGAAAUUGCGGUUCAAAUCCAGAAUGUUAUCCUCAACCUCAUCCACGAAGAGCUUGGACAGAGCGUUGCUUGCUAUUCAAUGAUUGGGGGAAUGUCUCUUCAAAAGGACAGGGACAACGCGAAACGAUGCUCCAUUGUUGUCGGCACGCCAGGAAGACUCAGGUGGCUAAUAUCUGCGGGGGACUUGAACACGAGUCAGGUCCGUUUGCUCGUGCUGGAUGAGGCUGACAAACUGAUGGAGGAUGUCUUUAAGGAGGAUGUCUUUGAAAUCUCAGGAAAGCUGGGCCCCAAUAAGCAGGUCAUGGCGUUCUCAGCGACCUAUGACGAUGAUUUGUUGUCACAGCUGGAUCAGUUGGUCAAGAACCCUGUCUAUGUGAUGUUGAGUAAUGGCACUCCCGAGUUGGAAGGCGUCCUACAGUAUUACAAGGUGGCGACGUUGGACGAAAAGCAUAAAGACAGUUCCGUGUUCUUGAGGCAGAUGCAUAUCAUGGAAGCCAAGUUUGCAGAGCUAGAGAGCCUUUUAACACAUGUGCCCUUCUACCAAGCCAUUGUAUUUCUGAACCACCGAGGUCGAGCCGCAGAUCUGGUUAAGUUCCUCACGCGCAACGGAUGGCCCGCAAUGCAUAUUGCUUCAGGAAUCUCACAGGAGGAGCGACUAAAGGUCAUGAAGAAAGCCCGUAAUUUCGAGCUGAGGAUCUUGGUAUGCAGCGAUCUGAUCGCCCGCGGAAUUGACAUUGACCGGGUGAACUUGGUCGUGAAUCUCGAUCUGCCCAAGGAUCCAGAGACAUAUUUACAUCGUGUGGGAAGAACAGGACGAUACGGAACCACUGGACUGGCAGUGAGCAUCGUGGACAGUGCAGAGCUUAAGACCGUUGAGAUUUUGAGGCAGGACUUCAGCAUCACGAUCGAGAAACUGUCGGAAGAGGACAUGGACUAUAGAGAAUUGAAUAGCAGUAGCAAAAAACGACAUCACGAAAGACCUUUGCAAGAACCCUCGGAUCUGAAGCAAUUCAAAAAGUUGGAGGCUGAGAGGACAGUGAGUGAAAAGAGGGCUCGGGAGAAUGAUGAGGCGUCUCAGUUAAGCAGCAGCGAUGGAUAUACAGAUAAGAGGAACAAAUCAACGAAUGCAUCGUCUCACGGAAAGCAGGGCGUCACCUCAAAGAAAAACAGGAAAAGGACUCAGGCCAGGCAUUCAUUAAUGACACCAGAGAUGACUCCACCUAUGACGGAUCUCCAAACUGGGAAUACGCUAGUGUCGCACAGCGCGGAGGAUGUAGAAGGAGCGGGUGCAGAGUCAGACACUAGCGAUAUUUCCCCUGAGAUACCUGGCCAUGGACUCGAUAGUACUUUUCAGCAAGAGUCAGCGUACCCUUACUAUCAGUACUAUGGCUAUGAGCUAUUCUAUCCAAACAUGCCCGGGACAACCUCUAGCGCCCUGCCAUUUCCCUCGCUUCAUCCUCUGCGCGAAUACUACCCCCCCUUGUACGCAGCAAACCCAUAUCACAUUUACAGACAAUCUGUACAGUAUCCUACCGUGGCGCCGCGUUCAUUACCAAUCUUCUUUCCGCCAGACUUGCCGCUUUCUUCACAUGGGCUGUCAUCAUUCACCCAUUUCAGAUAG